ACUGAUCACUAGUACCAUAUGCUAGUACCUUGGCUCCGUACCUCUGGGUGCCUCGUUCAAGCACAGUUUGUCCCAUACAGAGGUCAGAGCCAGCAACCACCACACGGCAACCAGCUAUCAAAUAUGGCCGAUUAAAACAGUGGAAAGGGGUCGGCCAAAAAAACAUUAGGUUUAAUGUUGAUAUGUAAGAUUUGAGCGAAACAGCAGCAAUGGUGAUGAUGCAAGGCACCCUCUGGAAAUGGACGAAUUACCUCAGCGGUUGGCAACCCCGCUGGUUUGUCUUGGAUUAUGGUGUGUUGGCCUAUUAUCGCUCUCAAGAAGAAGUUCACCUGGGAAGCCGUGGCUCAGUAAAGCUUUCUUGUUGUGAAAUAUGUGUACAUCCAACAGACCCUGUGAGGCUAGACUUGAAGAUUCCUCCAGAAAACCAUAUGUAUCUCAGAGCUGCAACUUCUGCAGAGAGACAGCAAUGGCUUGUUGCAUUGGGAACUGCCAAAGCAUGCAGAGUUGAUACUAGUUACCAAGAACAAAGGCAACAAAUGAAUUCUGUGGAAUUCUUAAAGGAAAAGAUGGCAGAACUAAACACAUGUAGAAAUAUCAUUGUUCAUCAAGUUCAUCAGUUAAAGAGCCUGUGUCCAAGUGAUCAGCAACUUCCAUCACAGGAGAUGAAUGAAGCAGCAACAAUGCUCUCUGCCACUUGUGAUUCAUUUCUGUCCAAUCUAAGUGACAUGAUGGAGGUUGUAGAAGAUUCACUUAGUACCACCUCAGGAUCACCAGUUUCUACGCCGAUACGGAUUAAAGCUCCUCCCAUCUUUAAGAAACAUUCGUACCACACUGAAAUUGGCGCCCCAAGUCCUUCAUCUCCGUCAACUAUUUCUGAUUCUUUCACUGACUCGGACCGAGAGCUCCUUUCUCCUCGUAAUGGCUCCCACCACCACCAAAAAUCUCCAACGGCAUUGCAGCCACCAACGACAUUAGCUCUUAAACCCGUUUCACCGAAUUUACCAGCGAAACAAAAUCCGGCAGCGACUUUUGACGAAGGGCAUAAUGGUACUGCGAAGUACCCUAAAGGAGAGACGCGGGAACGAGGUCCGGUUGCGUCUAGUGUGACGUCGCCGAGCUCUGCAACAGCAACAACAACAUCCAGCAGCACCAACGACAACAAUAAGUUGUACAAGUUGUCACAGAACUCCUUAGAGUCGCAUUCGCCUGAAGAAGUGCAAAAGCCGGAACCAAAAUCGUUCUUUAGUGCAACUCCUGUAAGAUUUGAAGAUGUUGCAGUUGUGGUGGAUGGUCGAAUUCCAACUAAGACGUUCCUUGAUGCAUGCUCUGCAAUAGUGCCCGUUUUUGACAUACUUGGAUCGACGGCCUUUGCACCAGUCAAGAUUGACAUUCAGGGAAACAUCAAGAAAAUACGAACGAAAUUUGAAACAGACGAAAAGGCGUUCACCUAUCUGCAGAAUAUGGUGUUUCAGGAGCUGAAAAGUAACACUUGCACCGCGAGAAACUCGACAACUGAUGCUUUGCUUUGGCUGAAAAGAGCACUUGAAUUCAUUCACGUAUUUUUGGCUGAAAUUUGUCGCGGGGAACAAGAUCUUUCAGUGGCUGCUACUAACGCGUAUGGCAGGUCGUUGAGAAAAUAUCAUGGAUGGGUGGUUCGUGGGGUCUUUUCGCUUGCAGUUAAGGCUGUGCCUUACAGGAAAGACUUUAUGGAGGCUUUACGUAAAUCAGGCGUCAACAGCGAUGGGUCACCUACUCCAGAACAAGAAAUUGUCGAUGAAAUGAGAUCAUGUGCGUCAGCUUUGGGAAAAUUAGUUAACAUACUGUGCCAGUUUUAUAAGAGACAUAAAUUAGACAGUGAGUCAGUUGUGUAGCAGACUAUUUAUGGGUUAAAGAAUCAUUUAUUUUUAAUGCUUAGAAUUAUUAUCUAAUGUAAAUAAAUUAUCUGCCAUCAUAGGAUGGCUUGUAAUUCUAGAGAAGCAGUUUUAAGUCCCUUUACAUACAGACCGUAUUGUCACAUAUGAACAGGCAUACAUUCUGACUGUUUGGCUUGGGGUUAAGGAUAAAACGAUUGAAAACGAAAACCUCUGAAAAGAUGACCUUUGAAAACAGUUUUUAGAGUAAGAGAUAUAAGGAGAUUAACACAAACCCAUGGUAAUACACCAGCGUAUACGGGGCACAAGCCUGCUAGUGUAGAUUUUUUUUAAUGAUAGAACUUGAAUUUUGAUUAUUCUGUGGUUGAGCUGGUUUCAGUUCCCUCUCAUUUAUUUCUAAAUGCUUAUUGCCAGUGACCUAUUUUCAAAUUUUCGAUGCUUCUUUAUGUACUCAGCAGAAUCAAAUGUUCUCUAGGAAUAUUAGUCCAAAAGUUUUAUUUUCGUAAGAAAGGUUUUUCUAUUGUAUUUUUCUGGUCGAUUGAAGAAUGACAGCAUUUUCGUUUUAGGCGAAUUCUUCAAAAUAUAAAAUCAUGCCAAAUAAUCCUUGACAAGCAGACGAAUGUCUAUGGCUUUGAAAAAAGCAAACAUUUAGUAAACUAAAGCUUUUCGUCUGACACUCUUCAGAGUUUAAAUGUCAGAACAUAGAUCGAAGACGAAUGUCUGUUAUUAAAGAGUUGACCAUGCACCAACUAUGAGGGUACCAAGUUUGUUUAUGAGGGAAUCCAAUUUGUUUUUCGGGGAAGCGGAAAUCGUCAUUUUUUGUGUCGGGAAUUGGGUAUCGUCAAACAUUUUGUGAGCGGGAUUCGGGAGUUGAUAACACCGGGAUUCGGGAAUUGAUGGUCGGGAAUCGGGAAUCGGGCUUAAAACGUAGAGAGAAUCGGGAAUGAGGAGACCUGUUGGGUGUUCUCAACUAUGAAUGUUUAGGGGACUGGGAACAAGGACAAUACCUCCUUUAACCGCCAACUAAAUUUCAAAAUGGCGCCGCAUUAGGAUAGCGAUUGUUUGCGCAAUACUUGUCUCUAUACUCCGUCUUUAGCAUCUCUAUAAUCUUGUCUCUAACAGCCGGUAUCAUUUCUGAAGUAUCAAUGCAGUAAAUUUCGACACAAAGAAAAAUCUACCUUUUCUUCAAAGACAGUUGCUUAUCUUUUCUACCAAUUGCUUGCUGUUCAAACGUGCAAUUGGGAAUGACAGAGUCAACGUUUCUCAAAAUUUGAUUAUACCUGGCAAUAGAGGAUCUCGUACCAAUAGGUGGUCCAUGGCACUUUGUCCUUUGAAUUGAAAAGUGAAUUAUUAGUCAGUCAACACUAUGUUCUUAAAUGGACAGACUUGAUCAAAAAAAGCAGCCAUUAGGUUUAUAAACUCUUAGCUUGUUCUUUGUGGGAUUUUCCUGUCGUUAGUGGACUGGAAAGUGAAAAUUAGUAUGUAAUAUUUUCGACCUUGUAAAAAUAAAGUAUUAGUGAAAUUUCUAAUUUGCCUUCAUUAUUGUUGCAGUAUAUCAUAUGUUUUCUGCCAAAAAUAUAUUUUGUUGCUAUAAUUUUCAUUUAUUGUAUGCCAAAUAAUAGUAUAUAUUGUGUUUUAGCCAGAUUUGUUUGCUCUUAGAAUGUCCUUUUAUUUAAAUGUAUUUUUGUUGCAUAUAGUCUUUUUCAUCAGCUGAGAAAAAUCUUGUCAUCCUUUUUACGAAAACUUUUGGGCACCACUUUGUCGCUAUUUCAAGGCAUUAUUCAUUUCAAAGCAAGGAAAUUCUACCUGAUAUUUAUUUUCACACUUAGUAAUACAUAAGGCCUAUUUGUAAAAAAGGAUUUUUGAAGCAGAUUUCUUCUUCUUGUCUAUGGCCUGCCAACAUUUUCUGACUAUAAUUUGCAUCGGCGUCCAUAAGCCGGGUCAGGAAUCAAAUUGAAUCUUUCACUGUAAGAAUUGGCGUAAAUUCUGUGUCGGAUUGGAAAUUCCCUACUAAUUUGGGGUUUUAGAGAAACUAGGUCUGCAUCUGGU